UAUCAAUAAUUCAAGCCCGGGAAAGAGAGAGAGCAGACGGAGCUCCCCCCGCGCGCUAUGAGUUCUGCUGCCUCGUCACUCGUCCAGGGCCCCUCCGCACCGCGCGUGAAUCCCGCGUAUCGUGUUUCCAAGUGACAGAAAAGCUGCUGAGAAGUGAGAAAAGAGGAAGAGAGCAGGUGAAAACUGGUGACACGAACGGAGGUACUGGGUUAAUUGACAGAAUUUCGUAUAAAAGGAGAGUCGCCUCAAAAUAACGGGUUUGUUCUCCUCAAGAGACUCCGCGAGGGAGAAAGUGUUUUCCGUAGGCUAAUCUGUCCAAGCUGUCGGAGUGGCGUCUAGCUGUAGUUACAGAGUACUUUAGGCUCGUCGGGGGAACACGGGGAAACUCUUGCCACCUUACUUUUUUAAAGGGGAAUAGACCCGGGCUUUGAAGGCGAGAGAAGUUGUCCAUCGGUCUGGUUCGGUAUGUUGGCGUUUUGCCUGCUGAGUGCCGUGUGGCUCACGGUGAGCCCAGCUCGCGCUCAGAACGAGACGGAACCAAUCGUCCUGGAGGGGAAGUGUCUGGUGGUGUGCGACUCCAACCCCACCUCGGACCCCACGGGCACGGCGCUCGGGAUUUCGGUGCGCUCGGGCAGCGCCAAAGUUGCGUUCUCUGCAGUCCGGAACACCAACCAUGAGCCCUCCGAGAUGAGCAACCGAACCAUGGUCAUCUACUUCGACCGGGUUCUCGUGAACGUUGGGAGGAAUUUCGACGAGGAGAGAAGUAAUUUCAUCGCGCCACGCAAAGGGAUUUACAGUUUUAACUUCCACGUAGUGAAGGUCUACAACCGCCAAACUAUACAGGUGAGCUUGAUGCACAACGGCUGGCCGGUGAUUUCAGCGUUUGCAGGCGACCAGGAUGUGACACGCGAGGCAGCCAGUAAUGGCGUUCUGAUCCAGAUGGAGAAAGGAGACCGGGCCUACCUCAAACUGGAGAGAGGAAACCUAAUGGGAGGAUGGAAAUACUCCACCUUCUCUGGCUUCCUGGUGUUCCCCAUGUAAAGGAAGAGGAGGAGGUGGAGCAGGGGAUGGAAACAAAAAGAGGAGGAGCUGAUGAAAGAGUGUGAUGAUGUAAAAAAGGCAGAUGGAGGAAGACGAGGGGUGUAAGAAAAAGAAGAGGACUUGAAUAAGACGGUGGAAAAGGAGAAGACAUCAGAAGAGGGAAUGUGACAACAGACUCUGAUUGGACACUGCAGGGGGAGGAGGGAAGAGGAAGGAUGAAGGAUGUGAGAGAGAUGUAAGCGUGUGGCACAGAGUGAUUAUAAAAGGAUAAAAUGAGAGAUUUACGAAGGGAGUACAUGAAAGUGUAUGGCCAGCUUUUUCACUCUCCUCCUUUCAUCCGUCCUUUUAUCAUCCUCCCUCUGUUUUCUCUGUGGCUUGACUGCAGCUUUGGACAGCCAAAACUUUUUUUAUUCUCUGCCGAAAGACGCAAUUGAUCAUUUAUAUGUUCCAGAGUGUUCUAAAGCCCGAGUGUAACCCCCCUCCCCCUCCACAUUCAUUCAUUCAGUCAUUAAUUCAUUGACGUCUAUCAACACAAGCUUUGAAGAAUGUUUCUUGAAGAACUGCUCCCGUCAUCCCCAUUUAACUGUGGCCAUGUUUUUGUCUUUUUUUCAUGCUGGAGAUAAAAAGCACUGAUUUGAUUUGAUCAGCCUCAACUGCAAAGCCAAACCAGAUUUUUCAUAAGGGAUACAAAUCUGUUAUCACAAAAUCAGAUGCCAGGAAAAAUAUGCAGUGUAAUGAUGAAUUUUAAAGACAUCCCAAUGAAUUUUGGCUUUCGAAAACUUUGUUUGGAAGACUUAUCUGUCUCCUUUAUUCUCUCAUAUCCAUGUCUCCUGCAUCCACAAAUAACAUGCAAGUAUGAACCUCAUAUCAUGGUAAAUUGUCUCCCAGAGAAUAUUUUAAUACCUGAUUGCAGAGCAAAUGGCAGUUUGUUGGAGACAAGCUUUGCAUUUUUUUCUGUGUUGCCACAAUUAGCAAAUGUGAAGUUGCAAAUUUGCCAAGUCACAAAAUGUUGAAACUGAAUGCAUCACUUCACAAUAAGCUAUACCAGAACAAGAGGUGUAAUGGAAUUUGUAUUGGUGAUGGUUCAGCCAGCAAGGUUAGGUCACAUGAUCAGUAUAUCUAAACAGAGGAAAAAAGACUGAUGCGCACAACCUCUAUACCACUGAUCAUC